AGGGCUCAGCUCCUGUUAAACCUUCACUUCUCUGUAUCAUCUUCUACGCCUCUAAAACCCUAACCCUAAUCCUCCAUCAAUGGCGGCGAUACCACCAUCCAUCGACGCCGCCGCCACCACCGCCGUGGACGCCUUACUCAAAUGGAAGACCAAACAAUCCGAUUCCCAAAACCCCCAAUUACUCCCCCAAGACGAUUUCAUCUAUCUCAAUCUCACCCUCAAAAAAAUCCCACAAAAAGGCUCAAUCAACGGCCCCAGAGCAAACCCUAACAAAAUCCCUCUUCCUCACCCCAUCGUUUCAACAAAUUUUUCCGAAAUCUGCUUAAUAAUUGAUGACAGACCUACUUCGAAGCUGACGUCAGCAAUCGCGAAGAAGAAGAUUAAAGAAGAAGGUAUUUCUGUUACUAAAGUGUUGAAAUUGUCUAAGUUGAGAACAGAUUAUAAGCCGUUUGAAGCGAAACGAAAGUUGUGUGAUUCGUAUGAUAUGUUCUUUGCUGACAAAAGGGUGGUUACUUUGUUGCCUAAGUUGUUAGGGAAGUGGUUUUUUAAGAAAAAGAAGUUGCCUUUAGGGGUUGAUUUGAGUCAUAAGAAUUGGAAAGAGCAGAUUGAGAGAGGGUGUGGGUCUGGGUUGUUGUGGUUUGGUACGGGGACGUGUAGCGUGGUUCGGGUUGCGAAGGUUUCGAUGGAAAGAGAUGAGAUUGUGGAGAAUGUGAAGGCUGCGAUUGCGGGUGCUAUCGGGUUUGUGGGGAAGAAGUUGGGGGGUGUUAGGUCUUUGCAUUUGAAGUUGGCGGAUUCGGUUGCGUUGCCGGUUUAUCAGUCGUUACCCGAUGUUAAGUUGAGGAUCGAGGGGGUUCGGGUUGAACGUUUAGAGGGAGUUGAAGAAGUCGAGAAAGACGGUGAAAAGAAGAAGAAGAAGUCGUCGAAAAAGGGUAGGAUUCAUGAAAUGGAUCUUGAUGUAAAUGAAGUUGACGAGCCUGAAGUCGAAAACGAAAACGACGAAAAUGUUGAUGAUGGUUUGGAUGGUGGUUUGGGUAAGAAGAAAAGGAAAGGGGAUGGGAUUGAGGUGGGAAAGAAGACGAAGAAGAAGUCGAAGAAGGGGAAGGGUGUUGAAGUUGAGGUUAGUCGUGACUCGGAUGAUGAAGUUGUGGAGGAAGUGAAGCCGGCGAAAAAGAGUGUGAAAGAGAAGAAGAGGAAGGGGGAUGUGAUGGAAGAAAGUGAUGUUAGCGCCAAAUCUAGCGAUAAAAUAGCCAAGGAAAAGGGGAAGAAAGUAGACGAUUCUGGGAAGAAGGAGAAGAAGAAAGGAAGGUCAGUGUCUAGAGUUUAAAGUGUCUGUUUUGAUGAUGAUAUAUCAUAGAGAAUUCGAUUAAUAGCUUUGAGUUCUGCAUUUUUGUUAUGUUAAGUUAAUUUUGGAUUAUGGUAUCAAUGCAAUAUUUUGUUAAGUUAUUAGUUUGCGAGUUUGCAGUGAACUUUGCAAGAUUCUUGUUG